CUCUGGACCGUGCAUGAUCCACGAGAAACUCCACAAUCUUCUUCCCCAAAUGCAACCCUCUGGCGCUUGAGUCGACGAAGACGUCCUCAAUGUGGCCGACCUUGCCGCAGUUACUCAAGAACUUCUUCUCUACAAACACGCAACCGGUGGCUAUGAUCUUCGACUAUCAUUCAUCUUCUAUCACACAGAUGAGAUGGUCGUCCCCAUGGGAGCUCAGCUCUUGAAACCUCUGCUCGAAAUCUUCGUCGGAGAUUGGAUCGCAGACGCUGAGCUGUCGAUUAAUCCUUUUCCCUUGUCUGAUAACUAUAGCUUGCGAACUUGGAAACUCGGCUCAGUAUCCAUGGAUGAUUUUUAGUGCUCUCAUUCUCGUGGGUUAUUUGAUUCGAGUACCGCACUGCAGAUCGAGACAGAGGCUCAGCGUAGAAAUGUUCCGGCGAGAUUGGGGAUUUUCGGAAGGGCUCGGAUUUUUUAUGGCAUUCAACUAAAAAAUGUUGAGAGGGCAGAGACCAUACAAUUACACAAUACAAUUGGGUUGUCCAAAAGAAAAGGAAAAACAGAAGUGCAUGAACUACAAGCAGAUCGAAAUCUCCUUAACACCAAAAUGCUCUGUCCUAAAACACCCACAAAAAUCUCUUUUCUGUAUUCUUCUACAGCUGUCGCUUGCGGAGCCAUCAAUGAUCCUCACCUAAGGACCUUCUCAGCUACCACCCUUGUAACCAUCAAUCAAUCCCAGACACUGACCUGCAAGAUCAACCACGCACUCAAGGAAGAUCGCAAGGAAAUUAAUGUGCAAAUUUGCAGUAAUGAAGAACCCCUACUCAAAGCCGAUAAACCUACCUAUGAGGCAAAGGUCAAUGGCAAGCUAGCUCACUCUGAGGUCUUAACUCCGCCGCCCAAACCUCCAGACGAACAACCAGUCAGUGAAAGCAGAGGAGGAAGAACCACCAAUGCUGCGACAGAAGGUAGUAAAGAGGGGAAGGCAGGUGAAAGGAAGGAUAUUGAAGGCAAGCAGCACCAAAUCCAAUCUGCAGAAGAUAUCCAUAAUAAAAGCAAGAAGAGAGCACCUGAGACUACGACAUGGAGGAUCCACCAAGCAAUCAUUCCAUUUAAUACCACACCCAGUCUGCCGAUUGCAACUAGCGGAAGGCGUAAAUGCACUGACAAGGCACACAAGGAACAAUCUCCACUGCAACCACACAAAAGCUACACGCAAACAGGGAGGGAGUAAAUAUACCGCCAGUCAGAUACCACAAAUGGCAAUUAAGAGGAAGACUGGCAAAUACAAAGGAGGAAGGGUGUGGCAGGGAAGGCGAAACAAGAAAGAAGGCAUUCAAUG